CUGUGACUGGACUGGGGCCCGCUUUCCUGGGCCGUGUCGCCACGAUAGCCCAGACCUGCAUCUCUUUUCUUUCACAGUAACACCUUCCAGUGCCUCCGCGGGCACACCGGAUCAUACAUCCUCGCUAGUCUCCCCAUAAGGCGCUCCUGUCCAACUGCGCGCCCUCCCCCGCCCCGAGUCUUCCUUCUUUGGGGAUCGCUCCCGAAUCCCCAUAUAACGCUCCCUCGUUUCACUAAAGCACGCAGUCUCUGCUUCCCCUCCCUGUAGCCCCCAAGCCCUCGGUUAUCCUGAAGGUGAACAUGGUGAAGCUGGCUGCCAAAUGCAUCGUGGCAGGUGAUCCAGCAGUGGGGAAGAGUGCUUUGGUCCAGAUGUUCUGCAACGAUGGGGCUCAUUUCCAGAAAAACUACACAUUGACAGCAGGAGUAGAACUGCUGGUGAAGACAGUACCUGUCCCAGAGACCAGUGACAGUGUGGAACUUUUCAUCUUUGAUUCGGCAGGCAAGGAACUGUUUUCUGAGAUGCUAGAGAAGUUGUGGGAACAGCCUAAUGCCAUGUGCAUUGUAUAUGAUGUCACAAAUGAGCAAUCAUUCAAUAAUUGUGCCAAGUGGCUAGAGAGGCUGAGAACCCAGACUUCUGGAAUACACAUCCCAGGUGUGCUAGUGGGCAAUAAGACGGAUUUGAUUGAUAGGCGGGUUGUGGAGUGGAAACAGGCGCAAGAGUGGGCUGAGACCAAUGGCCUAGAAUACUGCGAGAUAUCAGUUAAAGAGAUGGAAAAUUAUGAAGACCCUUUUCACAUUGUGGCAAAUUCCUUCCACCAACUAUACAAAGAGAAAGUGGAAAGCUUUCACUCGCUUGUCAAUUGCUUGUGGGAACAGAAUUCAUACUUACUACAGAGCAUGUCCUCCAUCUGCAUCCUUAUGGCUGGUAGAGUAAACUUUCUUGGACUGAAAUGCUAUUUAACAAGUUGUAAAACCAUAUACUUGAGAUUCCAAAAGCUAUAGUAUAUGAAUUUGGGUAUAGCAUUAGGAUAUUUAUAUGUGUGUGUUACUUUGCACAACAGUCCAUGUAUAAAUAAAAAUACGUGU